CUUCCUCCCCCAGACCCAGGCGGACCUGUAGCUGCUGCCAUGGCCUGGCUUAUGGGACCUGUCCUGUGUGGGGCUCUGCUGGGCUUCUGCUUGAGUGUUCCGGGGCUGGCUGUGGAGGUGAAGGUGCCCACUGAGCCCCUGAGCACACCAGUGGGCAAGACAGCCAAGCUGACCUGCAGCUACAGCACGUCGGUGGGAGACAACUUCGCCCUGGAGUGGAGCUUCGUGCCACCGGGGAAGCCCAUCUCAGCCUCCCUUCCUAUCCUGUACUUCACCAACGGUGACCUCUACCCCACUGGUCCUAAAGCAGAACGGGCCAGCCUGCUUCAGUACCCCCCCACAGGAGGGGUGGCCACCCUGAAACUUGCUGACGUCCACCCCUCAGACACUGGGACCUACCUCUGCCAUGUCAACAACCCACCUGACUUCUACACCAACGGGCUGGGGCUGAUCAACCUGACUGUACUGGUGCCCCCCAGCACACCGUCCUGCAGCCGCAGUGGCCGGGCCUCAGUGGGCGGCUCCACCGCGCUGAGCUGCAGCUCCUCUGAGGGAGCACCCAGGCCCGUGUACAGCUGGGUGCGCCUGGGCGCAGCCCCGACACCUCCUCCCGGCGGCAUGGUGCAAGAUGAGGUGUCUGGCCAGCUGGUUCUCACCAACCUCUCUCUGGCCUCCUCGGGCACCUACCGCUGUGUGGCCACCAACCAGAUGGGCAGUGCAUCCUGUGAGCUGACUCUUUCGGUGACCAAUCCUUCUGAAGGCCGAGUGGCAGGGGCUGUGAUCGGGGUACUCCUGGGCGUGCUGUUCCUGUCAAUCAUUGCCUUCUGCCUGAUAAGGUUCCAGAAAGAUCGGAGGAAGAGGCCCAAGGAGACUUAUGGGGCCAGUGACCUUAGGGAGGAUGCCGUGGCACCUGGGAUUUCUGAGCAAGCCUCUGCCAGGGUGGACUCUGGCAAGGGGCUCCUGGAGAGGCCCCCUUCUGCUGGCAGCACGGUGACCAGCACUAAGUCCAAGCUCCCUAUGAUUGUCUGAUUUCAGCCCCCAUCCCUGCUGGAUGGGAAUGUCAGAAAUUAAAGCCUUUGGGGCCCAUGUGUCUCCUU